GGUCGUCCACAAGUCCUUUGUGGAGGUGACCGAGGAGGGCACGGAGGCCGCGGCUGCUACAGGUGUGGGUGAUGGUGUCAUCACAUCAUUACCGUUUCGAGAGAGUUUCCGCUGCGAUCACCCUUUCCUGUUCCUCAUCAAGCACAUCAAGACCAACAGCAUCCUCUUCUGCGGCCGAGUCUCUUCCCCUUAGACGUCCCUGGGCAGCGGCCACACUCGGGGACAUUCAGAGAGCUGUUCCCGGAGCUUGAAUGCUGGUGCACAGGUGCCCUUGGAUUCGUUUUCCUUUCCAACCUCACAGUCACCACUCACUAUGUAUUGGAUAAAAUAUGUUUGUCUGUCUCUCUCUUUCUACAAACACAUGUAACCUACUCUAUUCCCCAUGAAAACGCCUCCUUGGACAACGUGUUCACUAUAUUUUAAAAAGUUAUUUCCAUACUCUAUCUUCUACUAAGUUUGAAAUAUCAUAGCUCCUAUUUCAAAAGUUAUUUUUACUUUUCAAACCUAGACAUUCAUAUUUACUUGAGUUCAGGUGGUAUGUGGGACCCUUACAGGUCUAAAUUUUUUAAUUUUCUGAAAUGGGUUAUGAAUAAAACCAUGGCUUGUUCAUGUCA